CCCCGGAAGCGGUGACCUGGGCCACUCCUCCGGCCGAGUGACUGGUUCUUGGGUUUACCUACCAAUUGCUGCGCGGCUCGGAUCCUCUGGUUCAUGGACCGCACAUGUGAGGAGAGGCCCGCAGAGGAUGGGAGAGACGAGGAGGACCCCGACUCCACGGAAGCCCCAGCCCGGAUCCGGGACACUCCGGAAGAUAUCGUGCUGGACGCUCCGGCCAGUGGACUGGCGUUCCAUCCGGCCCGCGAUCUCCUGGCGGCUGGGGACGUGGACGGGGACGUGUUCGUCUUUUCCUACUCCUGCCAAGAGGGAGAAACCAAGGAGCACUGGUCCUCAGGUCACCACCUCAAGUCCUGCCGAGCCGUUGUCUUCUCUGAAGAUGGGCAGAAACUUGUUACUGUGUCCAAGGACAAAGCCAUCCAUUUUCUAGAUGUGGAGCUGGGACGACUGCAAAGACGCAUUUCCAAGGCUCACAGUGCCCCCAUCAACAGCCUGCUGCUGGUGGAUGAGAAUGUUCUGGCAACUGGGGAUGACACAGGUGGCAUCCGCCUCUGGGACCAGCGGAAGGAGGGCCCCUUAAUGGAUAUGCGGCAGCAUGAGGAGUACAUUGCUGACAUGGCUCUGGACCCAGCCAAGAAGCUGCUGCUGACAGCCAGCGGAGAUGGCUGCCUUGGUGUCUUCAACAUCAGACGACGCCGGUUCGAGUUGCUCUCCGAGCCUCAGUCUGGAGACCUGACCUCUGUCACACUUAUGAAAUGUGGGAAGAAGGUGGCCUGUGGCUCCAGUGAAGGUACCAUCUACCUCUUCAACUGGGAUGGCUUUGGGGCCACAAGUGACCGCUUUGCCCUGAGAGCUGAGUCCAUUGACUGCAUGGUUCCAGUCACUGAGAGUCUGCUGUGUACCGGCUCCACUGAUGGAGUCAUCAGGGCUGUCAACAUCCUGCCAAACCGAGUGGUGGGCAGUGUGGGCCAACAUGCCGGGGAACCUGUGGAGAAGCUAGCCCUCUCCCACUGUGGCCGCUUCCUGGCCAGCAGUGGCCAUGACCAGCGCCUCAAGUUUUGGGACAUGGCCCAGCUGCGGGCUUUGGUGGUGGAUGACUACCGCCGGCGCAAGAAAAAGGGAGGGCCACUACGGGCGCUGAGCAGCAAGGCCUGGAGCACGGAUGACUUCUUUGCAGGACUGAGGGAGGAGGGAGAGGACGCCACAGCUCAGGAGGAGGAGGAGACUGAGGAUGACAGUGACUGAGGGAAUGAGCUGAAUCUCAGGAUGGGUUCUCAGCGGACAAGAGUCUUGUUUUCUGGGCUGGAUCCCUAGAGAGGCUGGGAAUUUAAAAUAUCCUAUUGUGCACAAGAAGAUGCUCAGGAUCGGCACACUGACGUGGGGAAGUACUUGCCCUGUAGCAGCUGCUCACUCCACCACUGUAAGACAAGCCCACAGCUGGCACAAGACAGCACAGACACAGGUGUAAACCAACCAGGGGUUUAAUAUAAAUACAACCAGCAUAGAAAAACUCAAAACUACGCAUACACCAAAACCAGAAUGCCAAGUGGUUGGGGCAAAGGCAGAUUUCUGACCCUUUGGCUCAGCCAGCCCCCAAAUAAAAACAUCAACAAAGACAAAUCAAGAAAAUAAGAAGCAAAGAUUCAUGCUAAGCUGUGGGAGGAGAGAGGGGUGUGUGUGCGACUGUGUGUCAGAGAACAACCCUGGGGUCAGGUUAAACCCCAGGCUGGGAGGGAGAAGGGAAGCUCCCUCACCACAACUUAGCCAAACUUGAGCUGCCCCGAGGUGCUGUGGGCCCUGCCUCAGCUGGGAGGCUGUGUCAGGCCUAGGGCAGGGCCCAUGCUCCUCCCCUUCUUGGGAUCAGAUAGCAGCUGCCCAGGCCUGCUGGGCCAGGGACUGACACAGGCUCUGCCUACUCAUUCAGGCUGCCUGGGGAGAGGAUUAGGUCACUGCUGAACCAUGGUACCUCCUGCCUCAGCCGC